AUUAACAACCUUAAACAGACGUUUUCAAGUAGACCUUCUCGUUGCGUCAUCAACUAACUACAACCUAAUCUUGUAAAGGUAACAAUGCGCGUUUCAGGAAUGAAGGCAUUGUUAUUAUUUGUGCUGGUGUGCGUCGGAAACUGUUCAGCUAACCUUGUGGCUGGAAAUGAUUCGCAUGUAGAAGGAGAGGCUUUCAAAACCAACACAAUAAAAUGGGGGACGAGGAGCUGUACAUAGUAACCGCUGUGGAUGGAACACCGAUGACAACAAUUGAUGUUUUCAAUAAUGAGGGAUAUGAAAUCGAGUUCACUCCAGAUGGAAGCACGUGUCGCCUUAGCCAGGUUCAUGACAACAGUUCAUGUUUCGAAGAGGCGCAACUUGGGGAAGAUGAGCCAGUUUCAGCACUUAUUUCUGAACGUUGCAAAGGCAGAGAAAUCGUGACCUUGAAGCCAGUGGAUUGCGAAGCUCAUUCCAAGCCCCUAGCAGAUGCAAGCAAUCGUGAAAAACGGUUCUUUCGCUGGUGCCUCCGACUGAUAUAUCGUGUCAGUUGCUUUCUACGAUGCUGUUUUCGCUACACGUGCUCCGUGCAUGCUGCAUGGGUUUGGUCCUGGUGUUGAUUUUUCAGCCCUGUUGACAGAUCCCAGAUUUGAAAAAAGAUGUCAUUGGAGCGCUGUUAUGAACUGACAUUUUAUUACAAAUCCUAUAUGCAGAUUUUUAUUUGUGUGACUGUGUUGCGUGUAAUGUCUCCCAGACUUUAUAAUUAUAUUUACUAUCCACUAUGGUAGCAUUAAAACAAAAUUUGAUUCAUUAGAACUUA